GUAAACACGGAUCUCUCAAAUUUAUGAAAUACCUGUCAGGCUGUUACUUUUCACUUUCUGGAACCCAUAACUCUAUUAGAGUGUGCUAAAUGUGUAAGGAAAUAAGACAACUGUGAAACAACAAUAAUGUUGCUGCUUUUAAUGAUUUUUCACCUUCCACUAUUGGAAAAUACCUUAGGAAAAAAUAAUCCUGAAGCUUCCUGUGGUCACAUCAUUCCUGCCUCAAAAAAUGAAGCUUCCCUCAUCCUAGGGGGAGUUGACACUUCUACUUCUGAAGUUCCAUGGCAAGUGCGCAUCUAUUUCAAUAACACACAUUUAUGCGGAGGAUCAAUACUAGAUAGGUGGUGGAUUCUAACUGCUUCCCACUGCUUCAUAGAUGACAACACAGACCAUUUGGAAGUAAUCAUGGAAUUGGGGGAAUUUGACAGGAAGACAGUGGAGAAGAGAAAUGUGAAAAAGCUCAUUCUUCACCCCAACUUCAACCAGCUAUUUAUGAAUCAUGACAUUGCUUUGAUGUUGCUCAAUUCUCCUAUACGAUUUAGCCGACAGAAAACACCCAUUUGCAUAAGGAAAAACAUAGACAAUUUGAAAGAAUGUUGGGUAUCUGGAUGGGGACUCACAACACCCAUGAAGCAAAUGAGUACUGUCCUUCAAAGAGUCAAGCUUGAGCUCUUAGACUGGAACGAGUGCCAAGCAAAAGUUUACUUACUCACUGAAAACAUGCUGUGUGCCUGGGAUGCAGAAGGAAAAAAAGAUACCUGCCAGGGUGACAGUGGGGGACCUUUGGUUUGCAACCAUAAGAAUAACCAGAAAAAAUGGUACCAAGUGGGCAUUGUCAGCUGGGGAGAAGGUUGUGGUCGAAAAGGGAAACCUGGUAUAUAUACAGAUGUCUCCAAUUACUUGCUUUGGAUUAUGCUAAAGACCCAAGAGGCAGGCUAUCCAUACAUCUGGUCAUCAUCUGAAUAUUUUUUUGCUCCCCCACAAUGUUUAAUUUUGUCAUUGUGUUUUUCAUCUCUUUUCCUGCAAAAGACCUUUUUUCUCUUUACAAUUAUAUAAUUCGGUGCCUCUAAAUCAAGUGUCCUGAUUGGAGGGUAUCUAAAAUCAUGGAGAUCUUAAGAAAUCACUGGAAUUAUAAAUAAAUUAGAGGAACAUAGGAUAGUU